CUAUUUUCUAAUUCCAAUUUUCCAAUUUUCCAAUUACAUGCUUUGUUUUAUGUUUUGCUGGUGUGAUCUGUUAAUCAAGAAAAGGGCAGCAAAGAAAAUUACAAAUCGUGCUGUGCAAAUUUUUUUAAAAUGGGAAACAGAGCUUUGAAUUUGAUUCGAAUUUUUUUUUGGACUUUGUAAAAAAAAACAUAUACCUUUUUUAUUUUCCUCUAUACUUUUUUAUUGUUGUUUUUGUCAGCUCGAAUUCAUAUAUAUACUAUCAUUUUUAUCAUUGUUUUUAAAAGAAAAGAGUCUGUUUAUUUUAUUAUUUUUAUUUUUCCGUGCGUCAAUUAACAAGGCCUUUUUUUGGAGAACCAAACAGCAUGCCCUCGACACGUUCGACCAAACUAACCGAAACUACCACACCAACACGCCAGCAACAAGAAGAAACACCUAUAGCCACCCGUCUGCGUUCUAGAUCAAAAAGCAUAAGCAGCGAAGACACCGACAACCUCCCCACCAUGGCAGUAACACCAAAGAAGUCCACGACACCCAAAAGGGCAACCCGCGCCUCAGCCACAGCCGCAGCAGCAGCAACAGCACCAGAGUCGACUACGCCAACAAAGCCCAAGACGACUCCGCGCAAACCCACCACAAGAUCAGCCAAAGCGGAUUUGACGCCCAAAACCCGUUCAUCUCUGAACAAAGCCGAAUCGGGCGUCGAAGAUACCCCUUUGAUGCUCUCGUCGCCGCACCGUGGACGUCCCGGAAAGAAGGACAGUAUCUUUGGAGCUACCACACCGUCUGUCGAUGAGAGCUCUGUGGCGACGCCCGAGAGCAACGAGGAGGAGAUUUCGGAUCUGAGCGAUAUCGAAGACCCGCAUUUCGACAAGAUCAUGUCUCCGGCGUCGGUGGCUGGGAAUAAGCAUAUUGUUUUUGAUUCGGAUGCCGAGAUUGAAAGCGACGACGAGGCCGAGGCUGCGCCCGCUGCGCCGGUGGUUGCUGCUGCCACAGGCGAGGAUAGCGACAGCGACAACGACGACGAUGCCCCGGAGGUCAUUGCCAUAAAGAAACCCGCGACGCAGGAUAGCACUCAACCCCCACGGGUCGCGGAUGAGCCUGUUUCGGGGACAAAGAAGGUUUCGAAGAAGCAGCGCGCACGGCAUCGCAAGCGUGCGGCCGAGAGCCUCGCCAAGGCCGUGGAUGCCGUCUCCAAGCUCACUGUGCGCCCGGAUCUCACUAUGCCCAGUGAGAUCCCUGCCGAGUUCCGCCUGGAAACCAACACCAAAAAAUCACUUACCGCCUUUGCGUCUGAGAAACCUACCAAGACCGGUGGCGACGGUAGGCUGGACGCAUCGUUGCUGGAGCAGUUUGCCUCAGAGUUCAAGAAGCGCUCGGCCGACGCCGGUGCGGAUUCUAAGGAGGGCGAGAAGGAGGAAAGCGCUAGGAAGAGAAGGAAGGUAUUGGCGGAUAAGCGGAAGAAGAAUAAGAAGACCGAGGGUGUUGCCGCUGUACGUGUCAUGUCGGGCAUCCGCGUGGUUGCGAGCAAGCCGGCGACGAAGACCAACUUGCUUGAUCGGCUGGCGCUGAUGUUGCCGUCGAAGAAGGUUAAGCACUUUUUGGUUGAGAAGCGCGGCGGACAGCGCGUCAAGCGUUCCAACCCUAUGGUGGCUAUUGCCCGGGGCAACAAGCAGGCUGCAUUUGACUUUUUCAAAAAAUGAGUUGAAUGAAAUUUUCUUUCUUUCUUUUUUAAAUAGACCAAAAAAUAGUAUAAAAGGUGGACAAAUUUU